AUGGAAGCCCCCCAUCUCUUCCGCCACGCCUCCCGCCUCACCUCUCCCUCCACCACCACCGUCAACACCCGCAUCCCCCCCAUCGCCCGCCGCACCGCCACCACCACCACCACCACCACGUCCUCCUCAGGUGCCUCAACAAUAAUCCCCACACACAUCGUCCUCCUCUCGCGCAACAAACUCCAGCGCGAGACCGCCACCAAGAGCCCCGACCUCCGCCGCUGCCUCGCGCACCAGCGCCUCCUACACCGGUCCAUCGAAGCGGCCCAACAAGCCGUCCGCGCCCAGAUGGCCGCCUUCUCCCUCGAAGACGAGGACGCCAUCGACGAGGAGGAGGAAUUCGACGACCCCCGCUCCUACACCAGCUCGCCCAUCCAGACAGCCCCACCAGUCACCAUGAUCCGCGAACAGAUCACUGGGGCCGUUCGGGCGAUGGUCCGACGGCGCUCUGCCUCCGCCUCUGCCGCCGCCUCUACACCCACAUCCUCUUCCGCUGGCCCCGCUACCGCUACCGCGCAGAAACACAGCGCAGCCGGACUCAAGCGCGUAGCAUCACAACAGAACCUCCUGGCCGCCUGCAACAACAGCGGGGACGUGAAUCUGGUCAGCGAAGAGGGCCCUCGACAAGCGUCCGUUGCUGUUGCCAUUGGGGGCCCGGCGGUGCUGCGCAAGACCAAGCGAUAUACGUCGCGGAUUGUGUUUGGGCGGCGGCGGUGGCCGCUCUACGGGCAUGGGCAUGGGCAUGUGCCGCAGCAGCCUGCGCUGGUUAGCUGACACGCGCUGUGUCGGUGGUUGUUUACUUGUC